AUGAGCUCACAUGGCUCACACUUUACUUCUUUAGCCUCGCAUCUUCGAGUGAAGCAUGGAGAGCUGUUUGAUGCCCAACUCUUUGCAGUUCUGCUUGUGGGCAUAGUUGCAUACGAGAAGAAUAUUAUCAUUCGAACAUUGGAAGACGAUAUCACGCGAGUGUGCAAUGCCAUCUCUCAUAUGCUAUCGGCCAUUUUUGGACUUUCCAAUCACCGAGUGAAUGCGCAUAGACGCAUGCCCCAUACACACAGGGUACGAAAUGAGUACACACCCUUGGUCAAUAGCUUGUUUCUUGCGCCCACCUUCCCCACUUCCGAGCAUUUUCGUCGGCGCUCCUCCGCUUCAAUUGCUCGUGGACGAAUGGUCCAGCCAAAUACCCAUUCCUCGCCUUCAUCGAGAGCCCGGACUCUAUCGAAUGGCAACAUAGUGCCCCAUAGAGUUAGGAUUCUGUCCAACCCCAUAUCAACCUCCCUGCAUCACGGUGUAUCGGCUUCGGCAGAUAGCUUCUCAGCUUCUGCUUCCACAGAGCCACCCCUUAGCGAAUCCCAAGACAAUGUAACUCAGUUCGUUGCUGGCAAUCAACCCCUAACUUCUGGCUCACCUCCCGACAGGGGAAGACACAUGAGUAUUGGUGUCCCUAGAGAUUCAAACACCCCGUCUAUUCCUACCAGCUCUGCACAUCAUCUCCCAUCAUUUCAGGAUGCGCAUGUUUCCAAACCGCCUGUGAAAUCUCUGGACGUUGUACUACUCACUAAACUAGAAAGGGCUGGCUCGAGUGAUCACGAAGCGUUGGCGGAAAUGCUAAGAACUCGCAACGCUAUUUUGACGCCGCUAUAUGAUGAAGCGGAAGCCGAAGAAAUAGCAUUGCAACCCGGAUUUUUUGUCGUAUUCGUCUGUGGAAUUGGAGAUGGAAAGUCACGACCGCAGCUGCCACCUUACUUGCUUGACGAAUUCUCAUUCAGCUCGACUAUCAGACUCGACCCUUCUUUCCCAGUUACGCGUCCAGGGAGACCUUCAUCCAGUCCCUCUGUGACUCCCGAGGAAAUUGUCCGGCUGCGAAACCAGUGCAAAGAUUUCUCUCCAGUGAUUUUAGAAGAUUCUCCAAGGACGUUUGUAUCUCAGCAUCUCCGGAUUUAUAUCCAGAAUUUAUUGAGUGCAACGCGUCACCACCCGUCACUGCAAGGCACUUCGAUAUCUGCGCGUUGCGCUCAGGAUUUAGAACUGUUCACUCGGAUAGCCCGAGUCAUAUUUGGGAAUGAAGCGCGAGGGAGUGAAUUGGGUCAAGUAUCUUCUUCUGUCCGUAGUGAAAAGCUGCCUCACAGGACGUUGGACUGCACUGAGAAGGAUGUCGUUCGAGUCUUUGCGAGUGUCGUGGGGCAUAGGCUUACUGCGAGGAGGCAGACACGCGGACCUCUAGGUUCAAUGGUACGAACUUCCGUCCUUCCGCCUCAGGAGUAUGACUUGGCGCGGCAACAAGUGGACGACGUUCAGCCGAAGGAAACAGUGAAUGGAAUUUUAGCGGAGAUCCUCGCGGGAGUGUAGUUAGAUUAUAAUUCAACGAUGCCAUGAUUACCUGCACAGCAGUGUCACUCUCCACCUAGUGAAAUUACGUAGUUUGUGCCACUUGUGCUUACGUGUUUGACUCUUCUGUAACAUCACGUGUAUAAUACAAUUCAUCUUCACGAG